AUGUUUUACACCAAUUCUCACCGAUGCAAACGCUAUGGCUGUGCUGUUUGUGGUGGAAUAAAUCCUGCUAAUAAUAGGCCUGUCGUUCGAGUCACAGAAUGGGUUACUGGGACAACCUUAGCAGAUGCAUUGUUUCACGCCAACGAAACUUAUGUGAUUGAUGAUUUUACAGAGCGCCGAUGUCGAGCUUUGAGACAGGCUUAUGGCUCGAGGUAG